CAUCUGCAUACCGGACAAAGCUAGAGGAAAGACAACGAUGAGCCUGCUUGCUACCCUCCCUCGACGUGCGCUAUCCCGCCCUUCUGCGCUCGCAACAAGGGGGAUAACACUCGACGCUAUACUGCAUGGAUCUCCGGAGGCGAAGGCUGAGGGGGAAGUAGCGAUCCUGCAGCAUUCAAGGCUCGUUGCCAGAGGGAAGUACGUGCAUGAACUGCUCACGCACAGAGUCAAGCCGGAAGCGGUAGAUGAGUAUCGGACACAUAUCGGCAAAUAUUUGACGGGCAUUGCGAGCAACCCCGAGUUUCAUGUGAAGCUGAGCGGGAGUUGGGAAAAGAUUGUCGGAGAGCAGGAUACUUUCGUACAUAUCCUGGAGUACGAGAACUAUGCUGGGCAUGACAAGUCGACCAAGCUUAUCCGUGGCUCUGCUCUGCACAAGCAUUUCAAGGAGAAUGUCCUCCCCCACGUGAGGAGCCGCACCUCCCAGAUCUGCCAGGAGUUUGCCUUCCUGCCCACGUCACCGCCCUUGACGAAGGGUGGGAUAUACGAGAUGAGGAGCUACCAGCUUCGACCGGGGACGCUGCUGGAGUGGGAACAUACUUGGCGUCGCGGAUUGGAUGCGAGGAAGCAUUUUGUCAAGCCUGUUGGCGCGUGGUUCUCUCAAGUCGGCCGGCUUCACCAAGUGUACCACAUUUGGCAGUACGCGGAUCUGAAUGCUCGCAAGGAAGCUCGCGAGCAGGCGUGGCAGCUCGAGGGCUGGAGCGCAACAGUAAACCAAACGGCGAAACUAGCGACGUCGAUGGACUCUGAGAUCCUGAUCCCGCUGCCUUUCAGCCCGCUCAAGUAAAGAAUCUUUGUUAACGAGCCAAUGUGUAUAAUACAACAUCCGUGACUGUUUUGGAAUCGAGUCGUCCUCACUGUUGCCUUCUCGACCAUCCCUGAACCCCGACAACCUAUCCAUGUACGUGUCUCAUCAUCAUCAUUGUGUGGCAGUGUUCGGCAUGUUCAGAAAUAGGCUGACUCCUUGAUUGUCGGGUGCGACGGCCUGGUCCAUAAUUGAACGCAACAGCGAGUGUGGGAAUAAUGAUCUUUCCUUCGAGUCUUACUACUUUCCUCGUCUAACCUCUUUUUGUCGUCCGCGCCGGUGCUGCAUUAUACUUGGAAGUGAACUAUUGGAAUCUGGGCUGGACAUCUUGAUUGUUUAAACCUCGUGUUGUUGUGUUGCUGGCGACGACAUAACCUCGAAAGGGCGUCUGACUGCGCGCUGUCCUCAUCCAACUGCCAAAGACUUGAAUGGACGCAGACUGGAAGCCCUACUUCCACCUGGGUCUGGACGGCGGAAUCUUCCUCCUCCCCUUCAUCCGCCUCUCCUCUCUCCCCUCCUUCCUCCUCGCUAUCACCCUCACAGCCUGCAUCUGCUACCUCGAGCGCUCGCUCAC